AUGAGGUUCCAUCAUCGCCGCCUUCUCGAGGCGGAGCCAACUGGCCCGCCAUCACCAAUCACGGCCAGGAGUGAAGGUUCAUACCUAAGCGAGUCAGACUUUGACGCCAACAUGGUUGUAAUCCUGGCAGCCUUGUUAUGUGCCCUUCUUGUUGUGCUUGGAUUAAAUUUACUUGUGCGAUGCAUUCUACGUCGUAGGUCGGAAGAACAAGCUGAUGUGCGGCUCACGGGCCUCAAGGAGCAGGUUUUGCGGCAGCUUCCGAUGGCAGUGUACGGUCCCGGAGCCAAUAUUCCGGUGACAGAAUGCCCUAUUUGUUUAGGAGAGUUUGUAGAGGGGGAGAAGAUUAGGGUGCUGCCCAAAUGUAAUCACGGGUUUCAUGUUAGGUGCAUAGACACAUGGCUUGUUUCACAUCCGUCUUGCCCAAAUUGUCGGCAUUCAUUGCUCGAGCCGCCUUCAACUCACGUGAAUACGACAAAUUAA